GUUUGUGUAGUCUACAAGCGUUCUGUUCAUCCUCAAAGAAGCAUGUUCGAGGAUAUAUAUUACGAGUUAUAAAACGUUUCCGGCACUUUUCUCGUAGUUCAACGUUGACCGAGAUUCCUGUCGGAAUCGAGUCUUUUUGUUCGUUCGAUCGGUCGGUGCAAGAACAGUGAAAUGAAAUUGUUCAAGUUUGUUUUUAUUUUGGCGUGUGUGGUUGCCUGCAGCUGUGAGACAAGCCAAAACGACGAUGACGUUGAAGCGAAAUUGGCCGAGGGCGAGAAACGUCUCGGCGAUCAAAUAAGACUGAUCCUCAAGCACUAUCAGCAACCUGAUCCUCUCGGACUCCCCGGCGCCCCCAUUCCUGAUCCAAUGGACGUGCCCGACAUGAAACAUUCCUUUUCCAUGUACACUAUGAAUUUGAAGGAGAUCAAAGUUUAUGGACUGUCCAAGUUUCGAAUCGAACACGUUCGAUCCGAAUUGGCUCUCAUGCAGGUCUCAGUCGCUCUCAGCAUCGAAACUCUGGACAUUCGCGGACUUUACACGUUGGCAUCUUGGCUCUCAAGAUCAGCUGGCGAUUUCACAGUGAAGCUCAGCGACGUCAUUGUCCAGGGCGUUGCGAGGCUGGAGGUUGGCGCCGACGGGAAACUUCAUGCCCAGGAUAUCGACAUGGAUUUGACGUUCGAAAACAUCGACCUGGACUUCAAAAACCUCGGUUUCCUUGGCUCAGUUUUUCAGGGAGUCAUCAAUUCCGUUGGUACCUUUAUUUUCGAUGGUAUCAAGCCAUUCAUACUGAAGGAAGUCAACACGAACGUUCGGGGCGAAGUUAACAAGCAGAUAUCGCAGUUGCCGCAGUACUUCCCAAACUCGAUUUCGCCCUUCGAUAUGGCGGUCGCGGAGGCUCGCAAACAAGUAUCCGACAUGGGAUACGACCCUUACAGGGUCAAGGAUUAUUCGCAGAAGGCAGGCAUCUUCAUAUUUACUUCCAGUCAUACUUGGCUCACUGGGAUCGCGAGCUUCUAUCGAGUCGGCAACAUAACGCUCACCAUGGAGAAUGGAACUGUAUACGCCUCGCUGGACGUCGGUACCCAGGAAAUCGAAGGUCGUACUCACUGGGAAGUUAGCGUUGUCGGUGGAAUGUUUUCCCGGGCUGGAACGGUUUCUUUCACGAUUCAAUAUUUCAGAGUUCAAUUGAAGCUUAGCCAGCCACUGGAUACUCGCAAACGAGCUUGUCUCGAGGAUCUUAAUCUCGAGCUUGGAAAUAUCCAAGCACGAAUCCACGGUGCUGGCACCUUGGAUUAUAUUCUUGAAGCUAGCGUCAAUGUCAUUCCCAAUAUUUUGAGAUAUCAAAUUAUGGAUGCUGUAGAAGGACCAAUAAAGCGACGAGUGCAGGAAGAAUUGGACAAGGUUGAUGUUGAAAAGUUGAUCCAUGACAAGAUUCCGGAAAUCGCUGAACAAGCAAGACUGUUGAAUGGAGGAGUGGCAGCCGAGGAUAUUAUCCUCGAGGAAGUGGCUGUGCCGCAUGAAAUCGACGACCAGAAGCCAUUCUCCGAGAGCGAAGAAGAACGUGGACCAUCGUAAUACAAAAUUCCUCAAUUUUCCUUUAGUGCACUCUACGAAGUGGGUCUUGGGGUUGCUUCAGCUUCUUCAGUUUUGGCAAACACUCGUUAGACUGUGAAACUGAUGCGUUGUUAUUUAUUUUUAUUCGUAAGACAAGUUGCGAGUAGAUAUUUUCGGAUUUUUAUGGUGAAAUUAUUAAUCAACGAAUUGAGAUGCACGUGUGACGAAGCGAUAUAACUGGAGACGGAUUAAAAUUGAAUUCCUACGA